CCGAUGCAGACCUUACGGAAAAAAAACAGUCCGUGCAAGUUCAAGAAUGACCCAACCCGCUUUCUUGGGGAGGGCGUGUCGUUCAAAGCGAAGCUGAUCGGUAUUCUGGAGGUGUCGGAAGCGCGCGGCGACCGGAUGUGCCAGGCGGCCUUGGCUGACCUGAAGAUGGCGAUUCGCGCCGCCGGCGAGCACAAGCAACGAAUCGCCGUUCAGGUCAGCAUAGACGGGCUUCGUUUGAGGGACGAAAAGACGGGGGACUGCCUGUAUCAUCAUCCGGUGCAUAAAAUAUCAUUUAUCGCUCAAGAUAUGAGCGAUUCGAGAGCCUUCGGAUAUAUUUUCGGGUCACCGGAUACCGGACAUCGAUUCUUCGGCAUUAAGACUGACAAGGCGGCGAGCCAGGUGGUAAUAGCGAUGCGGGACUUGUUCCAAGUAGUGUUCGAACUGAAGAAGAAGGAAAUCGAACUGGCGAAACAGCACAUAGAGCAGAAUGCCAUUAAUGCGAUUAAAUUCCACACCGGCGGUAUUUUCGUUGAGUCGGCACCCGACACCAAGGGCGCAGCGGGCACCGAGUCAUCGUUUCACCGAAUUCGCACGACUAACUGCGAGGUCGACAAAACCGCCGAUCGCAAGAACGAGACACAGAGCGGUGUGAUUGCGGAUUUGCUAGAUCUGCAGUUCGAACUGAACUCGCUGCAGCAGGGCAUUCAUCAGAUGGACAAAAUUACGCCGGAAAAUCCCGUACCGUCUACCGACGAUCUAUUCGAGACCGAUCCGUUCGGUGAUUCUUUCGCGAACAUGAAGCUGCAGGACACAGUUCGUCCGAUUCUGCCACCGCCACCCUCCUCGACAAAGAGGGGACAUUUAGAGCGACAGCAUACUGUACCGAUGCCGCCCGCAUCGACCACUUCCAGUCCGGCGACGACGUUAGUUAGUAAAACGCCACCACCACAGAGCACGAUUCAUUGGUUCGACAAGGAGGCUGAGGAUCUCUUCACCGACAACGAGAUGGCGAACCUGAGUAAGAAUUCAACGGCGAAGAAAGACCAGGAGGACAGCUCGGUGGAGACUACGCCUCGUAACAGUCAGACGAAGAGCCCGCAGAUCGACGUGUUCACGGAGCUGGAUCCCCUGGGGACCGGUCUGAUCAAGCCUUACGUGGACAAGAAGGACUUCUUCCAGCAUCUGAAAAAUCCACCGAAAAAAGUCCUCAAGGAUCUGGUGUCCACGAGCUCCACCGACAGCUUCCCAACAAACUUCAACAUCACUACCAGCACGGAAGGCAUGGAGUCGACGAAGACCGAGCAGCUGUCGUCGAGGGACAGCGAGGACAGCAAUUUCGCCAACUUCGAUCGAUUCGACGAGAACGAGGCGGGCCAAACCUCCUCCCAGCAGAGAAUCAACUCGCCGCCGAAGAAGGAGACGGUCUCUCGACCGUCGAUGCAUCAUCAGCCACUGUCGGUGUCCUUGCCGCCGGAGGAGACGACGACCACCAAAGGAACGACUGGCGCUUCGGGGGGCAGCUCGAUUCUUCGCAGCAUGGACAGAGACUCGACGGAGUCGACGCAGGGAUUGGUGAAGCUACCGAGUCCGAAGAAGUAUCUCCAAUCAGUACGGAAGAGGGACUUCGACAUCGACCUGCCGGCUGGAAAGACGCAGUCUGUGGACUCCAACAAGCAGUUCCCGGUGGAUUUCUCGAUAACGAACGAAUCACCGGCGUCGCCGUUACGGUCUUGCUCGUCGGACGCGAACUCGCGUCUUUCUAGUUCGAGCGCGGAACUGGAUCUGGUGCCGGAACCGCCGCCCAGGGGCGCGGGGAGUAUCCUCAUCAAUCCACCGCCUUUGCCGCCGAAGAAGCAGGGGGCUCGUGGGGGCGCGAGGCCACCGCCCAGACCGCCACACACGGAGGGGCACUUCCAAUAUGAUUUCCCGCAGCGCGAGGCAUCGCCGUCGCCCACCAAGAUCGUGAAAGAUAAAACUAAAAGCCCGUCAAGAGAUACCAAGGGUCAUCAGUUCGACGAUAAUUUCAGUCCGCCUCUUCAGAUAUCCGGCAAAUCGGACUUCACGACGAGCGCUACCUCCGCCUUCGAGGAUUCCUUCAGCACGAUGAUAUCAUCCACGACGUCGUUGUCGUCUGCGUCCUUUACCAGCGACGGCACCGUCCAGGACACCAAAAAGAUGAAACCGCCGCUCGACAUCACGCUCAGCCAGCUGACGUCGUCGUGGACGAAUCUAGACGACUUGGCUUCCAGUCUCGGCAUGACCAUCCAGCAGCUGACGAGUUUAACUUUGACGCAGCUCACGCAAUGCUUGGCGAGUCUUUCGACAAAAGAAACCGCUGUCGGCAGCACGGAGGAAACUUUGCCAGUAACAACAACGUCGACGACGAUGGAAGAGCAAACGGUGGUUUCGUCCAAACCCGCGACCUCGUCGCUGUCAUCGUUGGCGAUAACAAAGUCGCUCGAGACGACGAUCGGAUCAAGUUUGACCUCCUUCGUGUCGGAGUCUUUCAAAACUAAUUACGAAUCGGAAACAAAGCAGGAUUCUACGUACGACAAGUACGCAGUUUUCCGGGAAUUGCUGGAGAUGGAGCAGAUGGAACAGGAGACGAAAAUCGAGGCAGACAAGGAAGAAGUACUUAAUGAAAGCGCGCAAGGUUCUGACGAAGCGGAGAUUCAGCCGGAAGUGCAGACCGGCGAGAAUUCUUUAGCUUCGUUGGUGAAUUUGACCGUCAAGCUACCGGUCAAGAGCGAAACUUUGUUGAAAGAAGGGUCCACGGCGAGGUUGGACGAAACGUCUAGCUCUCUCGCUAGUUUAAUGAUGGAGAAGGAUAAAUCGCUGGAUGUCGAAGACAAAGAAGCCGAGAGGGAAAGCGACGCGAUAGCAGAUGCAGACGCCACGUCCGAUUCGUCCACGGUCCAGCCGACAGAGAUAGACAUCGAGGACGAUAAGACGCAGACCAUAGAGUCGGAUGAGAGACUGGAAAACUCCGAGAGAGGAAGCGACGCCAAUGGCACGUUGUCCGAUAAAGUCGGUUUCGACAUACUCAACGACGAGACGAACGGCUCGUCCGUGGCCGAGAGAUCCUCGACGGAAGUGAAGUCCUCGAUCUCGACGUCGAGCGACAGAUACGCCGCGCUGCGGGAGAUCAUCGGCGAGCCGGAGCCGGUGCCGAUGAAGAAGGACGACGAGGAGUUGGUGAGCUCCGCCCGAGCGUCGCCGGUGGUGCAGUCUCAGCAGCAGAUACAGCAGUCGAGAAGUAUGGCCGAGGUGGAAUUGCUGAAUUUGUUCUCCGACAAUCUGCCGCCACCGUCGAGCCCAAAUAUCUCCGCUAAGAAAGACUCGGAGGACUUGAAGGCCGUGGCGAUGGACAUCUUCGAAGAGAUCAAGAUGCUGAACACCGGCAUGCAUCGCGCUAAGGAGACCAAACCGCUGGCCGCGUCCUCGGGCUUCGAGGACAUGUUCUGCCCGUUCGCGGAGACGACGCGAUCGGACAAGGACGACAGCAAGGAGGACAGCAAUUGGGCCAAGUUCGACACGGGUGUCUUCGGCCCCUCGUCCGACAGAUCUUCGUGCGAGGGGCAGCGAUCGAUAGGCGGCACCUCGCCGUGGUCACCGGACGGCAAAGACUUCCACAGAGACAUUCCGUUCAAGGGAAGCGGCGGUUACCGACACUCGGGUGACAGCGACAACGAAUGGAAGGACGAGGAGGAGAGCGAGGAGAGCAACGGUAGGUUGCGAGGGGACGGCAGAUACUGGACCGGCUCCCGACAGCAUCCGCGAUUCGACGCGCCCGGUUUCGAGGACAGAUCGUUUUACGAGGAUGCCGACAAGCGGGACCGCAGCUUCCGCGACAGAAUGGGCAGGAAGUCACGCGGCGCGCCGUGGACCAAGAGCGGCAGCGUGCAUCGGCCGCGCGACCCGUCGCCCUGGCACGAGGAGAGCCAAUGGGAAGACGAGGGUCCGCGGCGGUAUCCGCAUCGGAAGGUGCAGCCCUACAAGGACGAGGAGGAUCAAUACGAGGCGCACUGGAAGUGCCGGUCGAAGCCGCCGCCGCCGCCGCCGCAGCGAUGUAAUUGGAGUCACGACGUUCACGGUUCGUACUACGACGACGAGCGUAAGCGGAAGCUGAUGCUGUGGAACGAGGAAGACCGUUUCGGCAGCAGCCAGGAGAGCAUGGGCUACGACGAGGAGGAUCGGUGGAACAGAAGAAGAUACGAGAGGAGACGAUGGGAGGAAGACAGCAGAUUCUGGAACAGAAGAGGGCCGCCGGACGCCGAUUAUUCGAUGAGAGAGGCGUACUACUAUUAUCGCGACAGCAGAGAGAGACCUCACGACUAUCCGUCCUGGGACGAGGAGUACGGCCCGGAACGUCCGGGCGACGACUCGCCCAGGUACAAUCCGGCCGGUAGGAAGAGACACUGGCCGAAGAGACCCAACAGCGCGAACGACGGUCGUAACAGCGAUAUGAUGUACGCGGACUCGCGCAAGUUCGGCGCCUCCAGAUCCGAAUGCAGUGACAACGACUCCGAUCCAUACCUACGACCUUCCCAGCGCUCCCGAAGCCGCGAGAGUUACUGGGGAAGCGAUCAGGAGUAUGACAGCUGGGUGGAGCGGCCGUACUGGUCCGAGGGUCCCGACUCGAAGAGCGAAACGAUGCACCGCAAGCGAAUAGCCAGGCACAAGACACGACAGGUGCAGAAGACGCAGAGUCCAUUCGAGGACGAUUUCGCGCAGAGCGUCGAGCACAUGGAAGCGUCCGGCCCGAGUGGCGUGGUAGAGCCGCUGGCACCGGUGGACGCGCGCGUACGGCCGGUGGAUGCGGCCGAUCAGAAGCGGGAACCGCCGCCCGCGAGCCCCUCGUCCGGUAUCCGAGGCCCCAAGGAUCAUCCUAGGCGAGAAAUCCCCUUCCGGGAGUACAGCAAACGGUCGAGCUACUUCGAGGACGAUCUCACGCCCACGGCGAGCGCGUCCAGCGACGCGUCCGACCGACAGAGAUUAUCGUCCGAGCUUAAGGCCACGCCGGAGGAGCUGCCAUGCGACACCAAGGAUCCGCAGCAGCCCAUCGACGGCUUCGUCUCCGAGGACAGCGGCCGCGAUUCCUUUUUCAACGGCGAUCUGAGGUUCGACGAUGACGCCUUCGUCUUCAAGUCCGAGCUGGACGACAACGUGCCGGAUCGCGCCACUACGCUUCCGCUGAAGAACUCGAGACAGGGAAAGUACGGGCCAGGGAAUAACAAUAAUAAUAACAAGUCGGCCAGGGGCGAUCAGUAUAUUCGGAAAUCGGAGUCGGUGAAUAUCUUCGCGAGGGAAAACGAUCCGUUCGACGGCGACGAUUUCUUCAAUUGAUGACAGCAUGUAUCAAGCGAAUGACGACAGUAAGGGUCGCGAAAACCCCCGCGCUGAACUUUGGUGACAUUAGAUGUGGACUAGAUAAUUGGAACUCGGAUGAGAGAAGGAGAGAGAGAGAACAAAGGAACGGUUUUCAUUGCACAUUCGGAAAACGUCGGCGGAUCGUGAAAAACGGUGGAAUUCAACGCUACAACGAUACUUGGUUCUCCUCUAGUCAGAACUCAGCUAUAGCAAUUUUAACGUAGUAAAAUUGAAGGAAGACUUUGGAAUGCGGCUCGAACAUAUCUGAAAAAAUUGUUGUCGUUCGCGAUUCAUUACGCGACUAAAAUAUUUUCUUGUAUUUUAUCUUUUAUCUAUUACAUUAAUUUACAAUAUAUGCCCGCGUAUUUUCUGACAGAUUUGAUUCCAAACAGGUUGAUUCUUGAAAAAAUUUUACGAUUUUUAAUCCUUUGUUUGGAAAUUCUGAUAAUUAUAAAUUUCGAAAAAUAACAAAGAAACUAGUCACUAUUUAACGAAUCUGUAUAUAAUAUUAUUGAUGUA